GGCAGGGAAGAUUUAAAGUAAUAAUGAUAACGAUAGCAAAGUGCCUCUCGUCACCCCGUCGCCUGGGCAGUAAAGGCGUGUACAGAGCCCCAAAGUGAAGCGCUGAGAUGAGGCCCAGCUCGUCCCUCCCCUGAAAGGAAGUAAAGGAAGAAGGUUGCGGGGACCCUGGGCGAACAGAGAGACGGUGAAACUGGCGACAGUCCCACCUUCCGCAGGCCGAAGGUUCUGAAUUCCGAGCGACCGUUACUCAGCUGUCGCGAGGCUCCGGCGAGCGCGCGGAUGCGGCCUGGGGCCUCAGGGCCGCCACCUAGGGCUUCCCGCGGUUCCCGGGGCUCCGCGCACCUCGCCGGAUCUGAUUGGACGGCGGAGGAAAGGGGCGGGAGGCCCGGAGGAGGUGUCGCACCCGCCGGCCUGGGGUUCCGGCCGAGGCGCCCACCCGCCGGAGGGGCGAGAGCAGGCCUGGGGAGGGGGUCGUCGCGCGUGCGCACGUCGCGCGGCCGCAUGCUGGGGGCUGCUGGGAGUGCUGAGCAUUUCGAGAAACUGCUGGGCGCGUGCCGGGUGGGCGUAGGAGGGGCCCUAGUGCGCGUGCGCGUCUGGACCCGAGCCGCGGGAGGAGGUGGGAGCGGCGGCGGAGGGGGCGGGUCGCGUCCGGCGCCACGUCCGCAGCCAGAGGCCGCUGCAGCCUCCGUAGCCUGCGGAGCUUUCUGGAUCCUCAGCUUGAAGAGGCGCCACCGGAGCCCGCAAUUGCCCGGGGUUUGUGCCAGCCGCUUAGGCCACCUCGGCCCUCCUCGGCGCUGCCCGGCCCCGGCUGCAGGCGACGGCCUCCGACUCCGCGGUAGGAAGCUGUACCCACAACGCCUAACCUAAAACUGAAAUUGUGGGAAUGGAGAGGCGUUCCGGCAGGGCCAGGAGGUGAAAGGGGACCGCUGGAGCACCCAUCAGUGCCAUCUUUGUCUCCGAGUUUAAAUUAAAACCGUGCCUGCUAAUGCACACGCAGCUUCAAGACUGGUCCCUAAGCUCCCACUUCGUCAGAUCCCUUCUCAUGAAACAGGCUGCGUCUUCUGUGUCAGACAGAGAUUCUGGAACCUUACCGGAGUGGGGAGUGUGCUGGGUGUACAACGUGGAGCGGAGGGAGGUGGUGCUGCUCAGCCCUAGCCACGGCUUCUCCAGGGUCAUUUUCUUCCUCCACUGCCACGUCACUCCCUCUGCUAAAGAAAAAAAAAGACUUGCUAGUGCCUAGAGAGAUUAGUGGGGGAAGAAGGGACUGCUGGGAAAGGUUUAGGAACACCUAGAGAAAGGAGAGUUUUUAUUUGAUUUAUUAUGCCCUUAUGAACACUUGCGUCAAUUCCAAAUGAAAAUACUAUCUGUGAUUAUUUGCUGUAUGAUAUUGUUUAACCUUUAGACAUUCCACUGGUGUGAGUGCUCUUAAGCAGGAAUAUUGAUAACGCAUCAACAGAUAUAAGGGUGUGUGUAUGUGUCCAUUCAUCCUUUUUUUUAAAGAGAGAAGUAACCUUUAAUAAACGCAUAUGCAUCCUGUUUUGACUUUUCCCCCGACUUUCAUUUCUUUAGUCGUUGUUGUAUAACAUCUGUACCCAAGUCGAGUUCAGCAAAAAUUCAUCCAUCAUCUUAACGAUGUACAGAAAACGUCAUCUACAUUCUAACGAUGAACAUCAUUAGAAAAGUUGAAGUAGUUCUUGUGUAUGUGUGUGUGUUUUAACUCCAGGAAAAUUACCUUUCUUUGAGGAUUUGCUGUUUGGCUUCUUCCCUAAGAUAGAUUACUAUAUUAUGUAUAAACACCUUCAGGAUAGGUCCUUUACAUGUUUGCUCUGGCUGGAACCUCAGUGCCAAACACAAUGUCUGAUACAUAUAGGGACACAAGAAUCUAUUGAACUAAUGGGGUAUAAUUAGUGAAGAUGACUGGUGUACUGGUAUUACGAUUCUACUUAAUGUUUCAUUUAAGGGUAAUAGAAUAAUUCUCAUUUUGAUACUCUUGGUUGUUACUUGUCACUAGGUGGUCACUUAAAACUUUUACUGGCAUGUAACUUUUUUCUUCCCUGCCAGGUGCAGGGCAUUUUUUGUAGUCUUUCUGCUGUUGAUUUAAUGGGUGGGGGCCAUGUUUAAAAGCAUCUUGUUCAGGAUAGUUGGUUAACUAGAGAAGCCUAAGAACAGUAAGCUGGUGUUUUAAUAUACACUGCUUGUUGUUGUAUGUGUGUUAAAGCUUUCUAUUAAUGUAUUUUUGAAACUCCUUGUAAUUAUUUGGCAAAGAAUGUAAAACAUGGGAGUGACGAUGUGGGGAAGUUCCUAUGUAUAGAAUACGUGGAAGAAUUUAGCGAAUUCGUCUAAUUCUUACAGGGAAAUUGGCACUUACCAUUUAAUAACAGGUAUUUGAAGUGCUCUGCAGAUAAACUUGUGCACUGUAUUUUGUAGUUAGGGUUUUAUAGGACAUCUUAAUGCUAUAUAACUUUGGUACACAAAGGAGUGUUUAGUCAUAGACAAAUUUGUAUACUGUUUUCAGACUUUGUUUUUCUUAUUGAUGAAAAUUUUAUAAAAUGUUAAAGAUAUUCACAAAACAACAUUGAUUCAUCUGUUUUCCUCCAAAAAAAAAAGUUUCUAAGAGGUAUUUGUUUACUUAUUUCUAUUAUUGGAAUAAAUUACCCUCUAGGGAAUAGCGUUGUUAUUAGUCUUCGCUCAGUGUAUUUGCCAGCUGUUAUAUCGAUGAUACUACUGUACAGGACAAGAAUUAUUUCCCCCUGGCCUAAAAUGCUUAAAAUAACUACUGAUGAAUGGCAGUAUGUGAACACAAAGUCUGUCCCAUUUCAGUUUCCUUAAAAAACAACCCUUAGUUUGUACUUAAUAGUUCACAUCAGGACCAAAUGGUAAAACUGAUUUAUGUACAUAAAAUAAAUUAUUUGUUCUGAUCUAAAGGCUGCUUUCUGUUCUUUGUCUUCCUUAGGAAAGUAGGUUUUUAAAUAGAAACUUAGAUACAUUGUGAGUUCCUACAGAGCAGAUUUUUUGUUUUGUCUUUGAAUGAAACUAAAUUGCUGAGUGGUAGGUAAGUGUAUGCCCACUAAAUUGUAAACUCUGAUUUAGAGUAGUCCUGUGUAUUCAUAGUCACACUGAAAUCUUCAGAGUCUAACAUGGUGCCUGGCACAUAGUAGGGACCGAAGUAUAUGUUGAACUAAUGAUUCAGGAGUUUAGGGCUGAAGGUUUGCAUAGAAUUUAAUAAUUUUGUUUAAGGGUAGCAUUUAAGAAUGGUCAUUUGACACUUCAGUGAUCAGUUGUUACUUGUCCCUAGUGUGUACUUAUAAAUUUUACUAGAUUAUUUAACAGUUUUAGGAGAUGAGGGGUGUGUUUGUCUUCACAAUUUUUAAUUUAAGAGAAACAGUCCGCCUGUAAUGAUUAUAAUAAGCAGGAUGGUAAUAUAAAAAAUAUUUCUCACUUGAUGAUAAAGUUAUAAUACCUAUAAAGAGGCAAUUCACUAAAAGUUUGACACGUGUGUAGAAGUUGGGAAUGGUUCAUGUCAGCAAAAAGUACAGAUGGCAUUACAGAUAGUUAAGGAUUUUAGCACAAAUACCUUGAUAAGGUAAGUUUGUAUCUCAUGAUCUAAUUAGGAAUUCAGAAAAAAAAUCCAAAUAUUGCUGCUUUUCCACAAUUUUUAUUAUCCUAAGAGUUCUAGAGGAAUUUUCAUACUACAUACUCUCUAUUAAUACAAGUCAU